AUUACAAAAAAAAACACCUACAUUAUUGUGGUGCCGGUUCUCGACACCGACAGCGACGAAGUGAGCGGAAGUCGCGGCGGCGGUCCGAGCGUCAGUACGCCAGCAAGCCGCCGGAGGGGUGGCAAGAAAAUUAGCCCGCCGGAAAUCGGCGAACUAGGAUUGCGGGUCAACAAGAACUUACCCUUGACCUAUGGCGACGGGAUUAUCCACGAAUCCCACGUGGACGCGUUUGUGGAAGAUCACAGGCCGAUGCCACAACAUCCGUGCAGAAAACGGUCGCCUGCGGAGGAUAAAAUUGGACAACUGAUAGCCCAGGAGCUGGUGCAGGAUGGAGCCACGCUUCAACUGGGGAUUGGAGCCAUACCCGACGCGGCCCUGCACGCCCUGUCUGGCCACAAGCACCUGGGAAUCCACUCUGAGAUGUUCAGCGAUGGGCUCAUUGACCUCAUCGAGACUGGUGCAGUGACGAACCAUCUCAAGAGACUAUCGCCCGGGAAAACCGUCAGCGCGUUCUGUGUUGGCUCCCAACGGCUCUAUGACUACAUUCACGAAAACCCCUUCAUUAGUGAGUUAUUCAUCUUUUGUGCGUAUAUUACCCUGUAG